GACCGUGACUUCGGCUCCCCGUCCCUCUCUGCCUCUCCAUCUCCUCCUCGCCACAGCCCUCAGCUCGCCGCGCCUCUCCCUGAUGCCUCGCUCUUGUCGAAUGGGAGACAGCGUCACACAGCAGGCAGGAUGACAAACCAGACGACAGCCAACCAAUCCAGCACAGUCAAGAAGGAGAAAGAAGAAAGCCAGCGAGAUGACAACACAGACGUUGCGUAUAAAGAUGCAGGCCACUGCAGCCGCAACACCCACAACCUGCUGCUGGGACUCACUGUCGCGGGUGUCGUUAUGGGGGCAGUGUUUGGGAUGCUUCUGCGCUACAUGAAGGUGACGGACUACUCCACGCUCACGAUGGUUUCCUUCCCGGGCGAAAUCCUCAUGAGGAUGCUGAAAAUGCUCAUCCUGCCUCUAAUCAUCUCCAGUCUCAUCACAGGGCUGGCUGGUUUAGACGCACGCUCCAGUGGCAGGAUGGGCAGCAGAGCCAUGGUGUACUACAUGUCCACCACUGUAAUAGCUGCCAUCCUCGGGGUCAUUCUGGUGCUGGGGAUCCACCCGGGGAACCCCAAACUGAGGGGAGCCACGUCAAAAUCGGCCCCGAAGAACCAGGAAGUCAACAGCCUGGAUGCCUUCCUUGACCUACUCCGAAACCUCUUCCCUGAGAACCUGGUGCAGGCCAGCAUCCAACAGGUUCAGACGGUGCUAAAAAAGGUGCCGGUCCCAGUAUCAAACCAGACUGAGCCCAUUAUAGUGGGCAUAAAGACACUGGAGUAUAAAUGGGGCAUGAAUGUCCUCGGUAUGAUUGGCUUCUUCAUCACCUUUGGGAUCUGCAUGGGCAAGAUGGGCGAGCGCGGGAAGGUCAUGUGCGACUUCUUCAACAUCCUCAAUGAAAUUAUCAUGACGAUGGUUUCGAUGAUCAUGUGGUACUCUCCCGUUGGCAUUGCCUCUUUGAUCGCAGGGAAGAUUGCAGCCAUCGGAGACCUGGAAGUGGUGGCCAGGCAGCUAGGCAUGUACAUGGUGACAGUCAUCGUGGGCCUGGUGAUCCACGGCGGAUUAAUCCUACCUGCUAUAUACUUUGCUAUCACCAGAAAAAGUCCCUUUAUUUUCUACUCUGGAGUCUUCCAAGCUUGGAUCACUGCGCUGGGCACUGCUAGCAGCGCUGGGACGUUACCGGUCACCUUCCGCUGCCUGGAGGAGAAUCUGAAAAUUGAUAAACGUGUGACUCGCUUCGUGCUGCCCAUAGGUGCAACCAUUAACAUGGACGGCACCGCACUGUAUGAGGCUGUGGCCGCCAUCUUUAUCGCCCAGAUGAAUGACAUCACCCUGGACAGCGGACAGAUCAUUACAGUCAGUAUGACCGCCACCCUGGCCAGUGUUGGAGCUGCCAGUAUUCCGAGUGCUGGACUGGUGACCAUGUUGCUGAUCCUGACGGCGGUCGGCUUGCCCACCCAGGACAUCAGUCUGCUCAUCGCUGUGGACUGGCUGCUUGACAGAAUGCGUACCUCCAUCAAUGUGGUGGGCGACUCGUUUGGUGCCGGCAUCGUGGACCACUUGUCCAAGGCGGAGCUGGCCGAAAUAGACGCGGCCGAAUUGCAAAUGCAAAUGCAACUGCUCCAUCCAGAGGAGGAGCUAGAUUUCAUCCCUCCGCCACCGAUCUUCACCGAGAUGGACCUGGUCGACCCUUUCAGACCGCCUGAGCUGCCACCUCGCUCCCCUCGCCCACCCAAACAAAACCACCACAGCCUCUCCCAGUCCCACUCAAUCACUUACUCGCCAUCCCGUUCUAUCCGAUCUCCAUCCCCCCGCUCCAUCCGUUCUCCCUCUCCGCGCUCCGUCUGCUCCCAUUCUCCCCGACCUUUCCGUACUCACUCACCCCGCAUACUCCGCAGGACGGAGGCGGGCUAUUCCGCUCUGCCCAGCCAUGAUAACCAGAUUCCCACAAUGCCUCGCUGCUACAGAGAGCGAGAACGGGAGCGGGAACGGGACCGGGACCGACUGAGGCGAGAGAGUGAAACUGAGGAGGAGGACGAGAGAGAGAGGGUUUUGGGUGAAGUAAGUGACGGCGAGGAGAGUGAUGACACUGCCUAUGAUCGGAGGAACGUCAUCCCACUGGGCGACCUGCCAUGAUUGGAUUUUUACCACAGAAAAGCUUCCCCAGCGAUUUGUUUCUGUUGUACGACAGCUUUUCCCGCUUUAUUGCAUGGCUCAGCUUUUUCACACAUGAGCCCAGCGGAGGGCACAUGUGGAUUUCUAGUUGGUCACAUUGUUAUUUCUUUUUUUUGUUUUGUGUUCCAAAAUCGACAGGAUUGAUCAAUUCUUUCAAUGACAACACGCUGUAACAUUCCUGAGAAGAGCCCAAUAAACCAACUUGUUCAUUUUAGCUUUCUUGUUAGCUGAAACCCAACAAAAGGUGCUGUAUAUAAACUUUUGAAAUCACUUUAGAUGUUCGAAUUCAUCCUUAAGGCUUGCUACUUCUUCAUCCUCUCAUGUUGGACUCAGACUGGGUGACUCACUACCUCAGGUGGUAUUACCCGAGGGGAUGGACUGGAGCUAGCUAGUUAGCUUGCUAACUGAAGCAGGAAAGAAAGGAUAUGAAUAGAAGCAAAACAAGAGUUUAUCAAUGGCCUUGUUUCCCACUGCUGAGGAAAGCUUUAGUGUGAUGCUUUUGCAAUGUUUCUCCUAAACAUAUAAAUAAAUAUAAUGCUAAGAAUUGGUGAGCGAUAGCAAAAACUUACAUACAGCACCUUUGUAUGAAGAGUUGUUUCCCUAGAUUACUCCUUUCAUUCCCUUUAUUCAUUAAUUAUUACGUAGAUUUCUCACUUAAUAACCCCAAAAAGUUCCUGUUUGCCUAAACGUUUACGAUACCAGGGAAUUGUGGGUGUGCUCUUGAUGAGAAAAGUAUGUUGGUGUUUUUACCAGCCUUUUAAAGCACAACCACAAGUAAUGAGUUCCUCCUUUGCUCGGUUCACUCUCUUCUACUUUUAGUUCCUUUGCAGAAAGUGAAAUUGUUUAACUUACAACUGAAUAGUUUGACAUUUUUGGACUUGCGUUUAUUUGUUUGGUUGAAGAGAGUUAUGUGAGAAAAUUGAUAUUAUUCUGAACUCUUUACGUGAUAUUUUGGCUUCACUUUUGCACAGAGGACAUGGAGAUGUGUUCUCCAUCUUUACUUACAUUCACUGAUUGCAGACAAGUAGCCCAGGACAUAAAUGUGUGAAAAACCACCACGCAUCAUUUUAUGUUAGUGAAUUCACCAGGCUAUCCGUUUCCCCCCUACUCUAAUCUUAAUGCUAUGCUUAGCUAACCAGCUGCUGGUUGUAGCUUCAUAUUAGAGUGCGGUAUCCGAGGAAUCACUCUAACACAAGGCAAGGAAGGAAACAACUGCAUUUCUCAAAACGUCAAACUAUUGCUUCAAAUGACCUCAGUAACACAACAGGUUUAUGUAAAUGAUCGAAACACAUGACCAGCAGACAUUAUUUUUAUAUUCCUUUACCUUCCUGCAUCUCAACAUUUGUAUCCUUGGUGCUCUUCUUGCACAUCACCUCAUUUUCCUCCCUGACACCGGUCAAUGUUGAUGUUAAUUUGUCCAUAUUAUCGAUGGUUUGUAUUUUUUUUUUUGUUGUAGUGUCUGAAAUGAUGAGUAAUAGGCAAGAUGCUGUAUUGAUUUUGUUAUAUGUUUAAACUUAUUUGUUCUUCCCUAAUUAUCAUUCUUAAGUUGUUAAAUGCUGUAAAAUGACGUCAUCUGUCUCCUCUGUCCCACUGAACUGCCCAUUCAUUUAAAACUAGAGUUCAUUAAUUACCUCCGUACAUCCUCAAUAUUUAACUCAGACUCACAGGUCCAGGUUGUGUGUAUAUUGUAUGUAAUAAAACUUCUGAGAUUUAUUUAAA